UUUUAUAAUAAAAUUUUAGUUAACAUUGAUUUAUAACAAUAUUAUAUUACUAAUUACAAAACUAAUUAAUAUUUUAUUUUAUAAAAAUAUUUAAAUUUUAAGUAUGAUUUUGUUAGAUUCUUUCUCAACAGAUUUUGCUAUAAUUAUAAAAAAUCAAAUUUAUAGUUAGUUUAUUAUUAAUGUAAAUAAUCAAAUAUGUCAUAUUAACUAAUUCUUUAAGUGGUCCUAGUAUAUGACUUGUUAAUGAUAGAUAAAAAUAUGAUCUUAAAUUAAUAGAUUAUAUAUAUAUAUAUAUUAAAAAUAUUUAAAUUUUUUAAAAUAGAUGUACUAAUUAAAUGUAGAAUUUUUUGCUUCUUUACUUUGGUUAUAUUAAUAUCAUUUUGUUUUCUAUAAUUUUUCAGGUUUUGCUUUUGAUACUAAACAAAUAUUUUUUCAAAAAGAAAGCAAAUUGAAUGGGACCCUCGUUAUAUCAGGCCCAGCUCUGUUUGCUUGCAUGCAAUAGAAGAUUAAGGUAUCGUUUGGAUUAUAUUUUAUCAAAUUUAAAACCUAAACUAGUGAUUUUGCGUUUAAUAUUUAAAACGCUGCGUUCAGUUCUUCAAAGGAGACGAAUACGCGCGUGUUGAAGUUAGUUAUAUAACGGAAAGUUUCAGAGGUUAGAGAGUUUGAGAAGACGAAGAAAAGAACGAAAGAAAGAUCAGAAGAAGAAGAAGUAAGCUUGCGAUGGGUGAUGAUGAUCAUAAGCCUCCGCCCACGACGGAGGAGAUUCGCCAGAAGAUGAUCAGCUCCUUUACUGCUGAGAUCACAUCUUCUUCGAGAGAAGUCGCUUUACUCAUUCUUGAAGCUCAUCAAUGGGAUAUCGCCGCUGCUGUCUCCGCCUUCAGAGACGCCGUCGUCGCAGCAGCCGUCGCCGCCUCCACCGCCAGGGCAAAUGUUCCUUCUCCGAUACGGUUGCGAUCACCACGGUCUCCUUCUCGUGCCUUCUCUCCUCGCGAUGGGAACAUCCUCAGCGAUUCAGAUGAAAAAGAGAACGAAGAUCCUAUGGAAUCAGAUGAUGUAGAAAGAGAUGUAUCAUCAUUACCAAGAAGACUAAGGUUCAGAAGCUUAAGCGAAAUUCUUUCGGUUAUUCCUCAAGAGAUCCCACGUACUGUCACUCUUUAUAGGAAUGGUUACACUUUCGAUGAUGAUAAUAUAUUAUGGCCAUUGGAUGAUCCCGACUGUGCAGAGUUUCUUGAGAUCGUAGAAAGCUUGGAGUCACCACGUGCACUCGAUUCUCCAGGUGGCACACGGCGUGUCCUUAUCACACUCAUUAGGCGUCAACAAGAAGACUUCCAUGAGCCACCAAAACCAUUCCAAGGUGUGGGAAGAACUCUAGCCGAGCCAGACUCUGUGCCACCAGCUUCAUCCGACUCACUGACCACAGAAGCAACAACAUCAAUCGAUCCCACAGCGCCAACGACCUCAAUCAAGGUCAUAUUAGCAGACGGCACACCCAUUAUCUCCCGGUUCACCACUACUCACCAUACCAUCAGAGACGUUCGAGACUUCAUUGACGCGGCUACACCAGGUGCCUCCAGAGACUACCAACUACUCAUCAUGGGGUCGUCUCCUCCUACACCACUGACGACUGACUUAGACCAAACCAUCGAGCAAGCUGGCAUCUCCAACGCUGUUCUCACUCAGAAGUUCUAGACCUUCCUCUUAAGCACAUAAAGAUCAUAUUACACAUGUUGAUAUCAUCAAAACACACGCUUUUUUUGGUUUGCUUCUCUCUAGGCUAAAAUUCUUUAUGCGGCUGUUUUUGGCUUGGGUUAAUAGGUGAUGUAACUUGAUAUAUCUCAAAAAGACUGAUCAAAUAAUAGAGAGAAUGAAUAAAUAUAAGUUUUUUUGGAAACAAAUUCUGAAGCAACAUAUUUCAUUUUACAAAAAAACUAGGUAGUAAUCCGCUAGGUUAAAUUAGUUCAAGUAACAUAUUUGCAUAAUAUAAGUUAUGGUUCAUUGCGUGAUUGAGGUUUAUUUAAUGUGUUGCUAAAAAAAAAGUUUAUUUAAUUUAUAAAGUAUAACAUUAUGAUUAUAGUGAAGAAUUGGAAAGGUAUAAACAAUGUUAUAGAAAGUCUUGAUACAAUAUUUGAGUGUUUAAAAGAUAUACUAUUAAGAGCAUCUCCAACAAUGAUUCUUAACAAAGAAUCUUUAGCAUUAAGUUAUUAUAAUAAUCUGUGAGCCCCUUAAAAUUUAAGAAUAUGUAUUAAAUUAGCCUCUUGCAGUCCCUAGUUAAGGACCAAUUUUCCGACAGACUCGUUACUAUGCGCGGAUCUCAUUGCUAUAUGGGAACCUGCGAUUGUUUUUUUUUUAAAAAAAAAUUUUUAAGCUGAAAAAAUAAAGAUAAUAAAAUAAUCUAAAAAUU